ACUUGUAUAAAUUCAUAAUUUUGAUUUCUUACCUCUUUAAUGGAAGAAAUACCAAACAAACUGAGGCUGUAUGGAACUGAGGCAAGCCCUUAUGUUCGUAGAGUAAUAUGGGCUCUCAAAAUUAAAGGUAUUGAGUAUGACUUUGUCCAAGAAGAUCUUUCCAACAAGAGUCCUUCCCUUCUACGCUACAAUCCCAUCAACAAGACGGUUCCGGUGCUCGUCCACGCCGGAAAGGCCAUCGCAGAGUCGGUUGUGAUACUCGAAUACAUCGAGGAAACAUGGCCCGACCCUACACCCUUGCUCCCCGAACAUCCUUACGAGAGAGCCAUGGCUCGUUUCUGGAUCGCCUACGGAGAUCAAAAGCAACAUCACGUAUUUCACAGCUUCCUUGCGUGCUCGGAGGAGGGUAAAGAGAAGGCGGCGAAAGACCUGAUGGAAAUGUUGAAGAUCGUUCAAGAUGAGGCUUUAGGAGAUCAAAAGUUCUUUGGUGGUAACACGCUUAGUUUGGUGGACUUGUGUUACGGUUGGCUUACCUCGUUGAAGUACGUGGAACGAGUCGUGGGCGUGCGGGUGCUGGAGCCCACGACUCUUCCAAAGCUGCACCGGUGGAUGCAGGAUUUCUCGGAAGAGCCUCUGGUUAAGGAGAAUCUUCCAGACUUGGAGGCGAAGUUGCCAGAGCUCGAAACCUUAAGGAAGCAUCUUAUGUCGACAAACAAGUGAUGGGAGUCUUGGAUAACACUUCAAGAGUCGUUAGAGGUAGUUACCUUUCCAGAAAUCCACAACAAACCAACCCCUCAAGAUCUAAAUAUCAACCAUCUGACGACAUCUUGCUAUCUCCCGGAAGUGCACUGAUCUCCUCACCUAUUUGAAGGCUGAUACGAAUAUAUCUUCAGAAUAUCCACAUAUCUUUAUUAUUCUAUAUAUUAUUGAUUUAGCAUAUCUUUCCUAUUAUCUUGAUAAUUGAGUUAGGUUAUUUCUAUUAUAAAUAGGAGUGUUUGUUAUUCCUUUCAAUCAAUGAAGAAAUAUUAUAAACUUA